UCAUUGAAGAGCCCGAAGAAAACUUGAUAGCAAAAACACGAAAUUCUGAUGAAAUAACCGAAAAUUCCAAUAAGAGAAAUACGUGCAGUUUGACACACAAUCAAUGGAGUUCGAAGUAAUUGAAAUUUUGAGCAAUUAAACAAUCAUUUAGUGAAAUUCUAUUAAUUCAUGGAGAUGGUCAAGUGAACAAGUGAAAAUUAUUUACUUUGAAAAUUAAUAAAAACAAAAGUUUUUAAAAAAAUAUUUGAAUUAAGUAAAAAUUCAAGAAGGAAAUUCCAAAUAAAUUUAUCAAAAAUGUCGUGGUGUCGUCGUAUUCGUCAGCGACGAGCAAUUACGAAUGUCAACACACUUUUUCUUGUGAUAAUUCUAAUCAUUUCUUGUACAUUGAUAACAAAUGUCGACGGCGAUUUUUAUUCGUUCAAGGACAAAUCUGCAAAUGCUGACGAUCGACUGUGCUUUUGCCAGUUAAAAGGAACAAUUGAUGACUGCAGUUGCAAUGUCGACACAGUGGAUUAUUUUAAUAAUGUGAAAAUUUACCCGAGACUGCAAAGUUUGCUGACAAAGGACUUUUUCCGGUAUUACAAGGUCAAUUUGAAGCGAAAAUGUCCCUUUUGGCCGGAUGAGCAUAAAUGCGCGAUGAAAUUCUGUCAUGUGCAAUCGUGUGACCAGAAGCAGAUACCGGAAGGUUUGAAAGGCGAGACAGCGCCCGUGUACAAGUACACACUCGAGGCGCAAGAAGGCGGAAGUUGCAACGAAGAUCUCGAUAUCGAGCUGGGAUUCCUCAAUACGAGCAUCGAUGCCACCGCAAAAGCAGCUCACCAACGUUGGACCGAGCACGACGAGAACCGCGAUAACUUCUGCAUUCUCGAUGACGACGAAGACGAUGCCGAAUACGUCGAUUUGCUCCUCAACCCAGAACGCUACACGGGCUACAAAGGCGAAUCCGCGCACAAAAUCUGGCGUAGCAUCUACUUGGAAAAUUGUUUCAUGCCCUACAAACCCCGAAAAACGUCAAAUGUGCUGAUUCCGUUCAUGGAAAUGGCAGCAGGGAACGGAGUUUGCCUGGAACAACGCGCUUUUUAUCGAAUGGUGUCCGGAUUGCAUUCGAGUAUCAACAUCCAUUUGUGUCGCAAUUACCUUUUAUCCGAAAAACGAGACGCUCUUGGGUUUGGAGGCUCAGCUCAGGGCGAAUGGGGACCCAAUAUCGAUGAAUUUGAACGGAGAUUUAGUCCACAAACGACAGACAACGAGGGAUCCUAUUGGUUGAGAAAUUUGUAUUUUGCGUAUUUGGUUGAACUAAGAGCUUUGGAGAAAAUUACGCCGUAUUUGGAGAAGGAAUAUUACUACACCGGAUAUUCGUCGGAGGAUGAAGAAGUGAAAAAUGCAAUAAUGGACUUGCUUAAUGUCAUUAAAUCGUUCCCGAGUCACUUUAAUGAGGCAGUGAUGUUCAGUAAUGGCAACGAUUCCGCGAUGAAACUCAAACAGGAGUUUAGGGAGAAAUUUAUGAACAUUUCGAGGAUUAUGGAUUGCGUUGGAUGUGACAAGUGUCGACUGUGGGGAAAGUUACAAACUCAAGGCAUGGGCACCGCCCUCAAAAUCCUCUUCUCAGGAAAUUUCGAUGAACCCAUCGACACAACCACAAAGCCACCGCUCAUCCCUGCCCACGACAAUAAAAAAUUCAAACUGAAGCGCACAGAAAUCGUUUCUCUGUUCAACGCUUUUGGACGACUUUCUACCAGCAUUUACUCGCUCGAAGCCUUCCGCGAGCACCUCAGAUAGCUACGGGAGUGCGUCUAAAAGAAAAAAAAAUCGUAAAAAGUGGAUCCCAGUACCUUAAUUAAAAGAGUCCAGUAAAAUUUAUUUAUUUAUUGUUGAAUAUUUAUGUGAGAAUGUCGGCGAAAUGUGGGCGAAAAGUGAUGAACCUUGCAAAGAAGGUUUUUUAAAUUAUUUUAUUAUUAUUAAUAGAUUUGUACCAAUAUUGAAUUUUCAUCAAAGUGUGACUUAUUAAUUUUUUCAGAAAAGAUCAAUAAAUUUAAUGUUUUAAGCACAGACGUGGAAAUCUAA